AUUGUUGAAAAUUUAUCCAUUAAAAUAUAAGGCAAGAUGGCUAGUGCUCUACGUAAAUGGUGGUUACGUAGGAAUUUCUCUAUCCUUAUCACCUUGUCUGAAUCUCUCAAAUGCCUAAAUGCUCCAACAUUCAUGCACACCAGAACGCAAUGGCUGCUGUUGAGUACAAGGGCCUCACUUCAAUCACCCUCUCAGACAUCGAAGCUCUCGGAGUGGACACCGGAGUCGCCGUCGAUCUUCUCCAGAAGCUCGCCGGAAUCGUGAGUGAUUGCGGCGCUGCCACUCCCCAGACAUGGCAGCGAAUCUCCCAAGACGUGCUCGCCCCUCACCUUCCUUUCUCUUUGCAUCAGAUGAUGUAUUACGGCUGCUACAAGGAUUUCGGACCGGACCCUCCCGCUUGGUUACCCGACCCGGGUAGUGCAAUGCUGACUAAUGUUGGCAAGUUACUAGAGAAGCGGGGAAAGGAGUUGUUGGGGUCAAAAUAUAAAGACCCAAUCUCAAGCUUUUCUGAUUUUCAGAAGUUUUCUGUUUCAAACCCAGAGGUCUACUGGAAAACUGUGUUGGAUGAGAUGAAUGUUUCAUUUUCAAUUCUGCCUGAAUGUAUUUUACGUGAGGAUCAGUCUCAUCCAGGUGGACAAUGGCUUCCUGGGGCACACUUGAAUCCUGCAAGGCAUUGUCUCAGUCCAAAUAGAGACAGGAAUUUAAAUGAUAUAGUUCUUAUAUGGCGUAAUGAAGGAGAUGAUGAAGCACCUGUUGAAAAAAUGACUCUUAAGGAGCUACGUUCAGAGGUUUGGGCUGUUGCACAUUCUCUUGAAACAUUGGGAUUGAGUAAAGGUUCUGCUAUUGCAAUCGAUAUGCCUAUGAAUGUCUAUUCUGUGGUGGUAUACUUGGCUAUUGUUCUUGCUGGCUAUGUAGUUGUGUCAAUUGCUGAUAGUUUUUCCCCAAAUGAAAUAUCUACAAGGCUCAAAAUAUCAAAAGCGAAAGCAAUUUUUACUCAGGAUUUUGUUGUCCGUGGUAAGAAAAGAAUACCCCUGUACAGUCGAGUUGUUGAUGCUGAGUCACCGAUGGCAAUUGUAAUUCCCAGUAGAGCCUCUGCUUUGAGCAUAAAAUUACGUUAUGGUGACAUUUCAUGGCAAGAUUUUCUCGCAAGAACAAAAGAAUCCAAAGAAGUCCAGUUUGAUUCUGUAGAACAACCAGUUGAAGCACUAACAAAUAUUCUUUUCUCCUCCGGAACAACAGGAGAGCCAAAAGCAAUUCCAAUGACUGGUAUAACACCUUUCAAAGCUGCAGCUGAUGGAUGGUGCCACAUGGAUAUCUGCAAAGGUGAUAUAGUUGCUUGGCCCACUAAUUUAGGAUGGAUGAUGGGACCUUGGUUGGUUUAUGCUUCAUUGUUGAAUGGGGCAUCCAUGGCCUUGUAUAAUGGAUCUCCUCUCAGUUCCGGAUUUGCCAAGUUUAUACAGGAUGCUAAAGUAACUAUGCUGGGAGUUAUCCCAAGUAUCGUUAGGACAUGGAAAACUACAAAUUGUACUGCUGGCUUCGAUUGGUCAACCAUACGUCGCUUUGGCUCCACCGGUGAGGCGUCCAGCGUGGAUGAAUACCUCUGGCUCAUGGGAAGAGCUCGAUACAAACCUGUGAUUGAGUAUUGUGGUGGUACAGAGAUUGGUGGUGGCUUUGUAACUGGUUCACUGUUGCAGCCCCAAGCUUUGGCAGCAUUUAGCACAGCAGCUAUGGGCUGUAGUCUCUUCAUUCUUGGCGAGGAUGGACUUCCUAUUGCGCCCGAAGCUCCAGGAAUUGGUGAAUUGGCACUUGGAUCCCUAAUAUUUGGAGCAUCAAGCACAGUUCUGAAUGCAGACCACUACAAGAUAUACUUCAAAGGAAUGCCUGUUUGGAAUGGAAAGAGACUCAGAAGGCAUGGAGACGUCUUUGAGCGUACUUGUAGAGGGUAUUAUCGUGCACAUGGUCGAGCAGAUGAUACUAUGAAUCUUGGCGGUAUCAAGGUAAGCUCGCUUGAGAUUGAGCGCAUUUGUAACGCAGUGGACGAUAAUAUUCUCGAGACUGCUGCCAUUGGGGUGCCACCCGUGGGAGGCGGGCCGGAGAAGUUGGUAAUUGUUGUUGUCUUCAAAGAUUCAGCAGAUGAAUCGAAGCAAAACUUGGGUGCAUUGAUGACUUCCUUCAACUCGUCUCUGCAGAAGAAACUGAAUCCUCUAUUCAAGGUUUCCAACGUUGUAACGCUUCCUUCUCUUCCAAGAACUGCAACAAAUAAGGUCAUGAGAAGAGUUCUGAGACAGCAGUUUUCUCAAGCUGGUCGGGGUUCAAGAUUGUAAAAUAAAGUAUAGAAUAUGAUGCCCGCGGGCUUAGCUCAUUGGUUCAGUAUUUGAGAGAAGUAUACAAUAUGACAAACAACACUAUAAUUAUCAUCAAUAAUGCCACUUCUUCUACUAUAAUAUAAUUUAUAAAUGCCUA